GAGAAACAAUCGACUUAUUUCUGGAUACAUGUCGUGAUAUUAUGGAUACAAAUGAUCAUUCUUUUCAUAGUUCUUGCCUUUUACUUAUUGUCUAUGGUAUUGCGGGUUAUAUGAUCAAUGAUAAAAUAUCACUAAGCGAACGUAAAACCGUUUGCCUAAGCUUUAUGAGCCUAUACUUCGAUUCAGAGAUAUUAAAACUGCCUACUGAUUUAUUAUCUGAAAAUACUGACAACACUGUUGAAAAUAACAAUGUGGAUAUCGCCAAACAAAACACCACGUAUAAAUCAUGGCCGGCUAUAGAAUCUGUAAAGAAUGAAGAUAUUCCAAAGUCUACAGAGAAAAAUCAAUUGAAAGAUAUUAAAAUAAAUUCGAUAUGCAUAUGUUUGUUACUAGAAAUGUUUUGUACUGUAUCACAGAUAAAUCUUUUACCAAUGAAAACAAAUUCUUCAUCUAAGCAUAAUCUGGAAGAUGAACACUUUAAUGAAUGUUUACGUAUUGGUCUAUUGCCAACUGUAUCAUUGUUUCCACGUAACGACUUAAUUGGUCAGACAGCGCGAGUUUGUUUAAAUCAAGUAGCAGUUAACUGUAAAUAUUCAAAUUUAAACGAACUCAUCACAAACAAUGCAGAUUAUCUAGUUUCCAAUAUAACGCUAGAUCUACAUCGUGUCAAUGUUUUAACGAUAUCAUCAAAUUCAUCAAAUGCAAACAGUUUAUCAUCUGGAAGAAGAGAUGACACUCAACAAUUUCUACUAUCAGCUUGUAAUGCUACAAAUACUUUAUUUGAAUAUUGUACAAUUGAUGUUUUGCCAAUUUUGAAACCAAUGGUUACAAAGAUGCUUUCAUCUUUGGAUCUUACCUAUGAAUACACUACUGAACUGUUCCUUCCACCAUUCGCUCAAUUAAUGCAGACUUGCCGUAAAUGGAGUUGGCUGUUAGCAGGCCGGUGUAUAGACGAAAUGAAUGAUAAUGUUUCAAUGGAUAAAUCGAACGUACAAAGUGAUCAGGUAAAUAAUUCCUGUCAGCAUAAUAAUAAUGAAUCAAUAUUAUCCAGUAUAUACCAGAAAACAAUAGACCUGAUAUCUGAGACUCGUCGUCUACAUCAUAUUGAAUCGAUUGAUGAUGAUAAUGUCAGUCAAGAGAAGUCGAACAAUGAGGAAAAUACUGACAGAAUAAAUGACUAUGAAAAGCAAUCAGGCAAUCAUGAGGAUAAUGAAGGCGAUGAAAAUAAAAAUCAUACAUUUCCUGAUCAUUUACAAAUAGUUGAAGAAGUUAUAUUACGAUGCAUACAUCUAAUGUCUGACGGAAAUCCCAGACUGCGCAUACUUUCAAUGAAUGUUAUUAAAGAGGGUUGUUUAGCUUUAGAAAGUGAAACUGAAUUAUUACUGCCUAUUGUUCAUAAAAUAUGGGCUUCUUUAAUGAUGAGAUUUCGAGAUAGUCAUGCUAUAGUUGUUGAAAAAGCAUUUGACCUCUUAACUAUAUUGUCUAAAGUUGCUGGGAAUUUUAUUCGACAGCGUGCAUCAUCUGAAAUCAUUCCACCAUUAGUGAUGUUUUUAACAAGAAGUGCUUCUAUAAGUGCGUCGUCAUCUAAAUCGUACAAGUACUUGACAUCCCAUCGUGUACAAAAGUAUCUGUUGCAUGAGUUAGGAUCACUUUGUAAAAAAACUAAUAUAUCGUCUCAAUCAUUACAAUCUGUAAUCAAUGUCCUUGUGAAGUAUUUAGAUGAUUCACAACCAGAAGAACUACAAAAGGCAUCAAUAUUUAGCCUGGAAACCGUAUGGUCUCUUGAUCCUGGAUGUACAUGGACUCUCCUUAUUAGUCAACUUAAUGAUUCCGAGAUACAAAGUUUGUAUUCUGGGAGUUUGGUAAAACCGUUUAAAAUGAUACAAGUUUAUCAGCAGUCGCCAGAUUUACAAAAUGGGAAAAAUUUGAAAUUUAAAAAUAUUUCAACUUUUCUUCAUAAAGUUCAUGGAAUCUGUAAUUAAUCUGCGAAAAUAAUUUAUCUUGAAUUCUUUUUUUCCUUAUAUUUUUACAUACUGUUCUAUUCGUAAACCUGACCACUUGUAAUUAAUUUGCAUAAUGCGUU